AUGAAGCUGAAAAUGUUAUAGAAUUUCCAAAGAGCCAACUAAUGUAAAGGUUAAGUUAGGAGCUGUAUUCCCUUUGAAGAUUACUAAAAAAUAGAAAUAGUCAAAAUCAUUUACAUUAUAAUAAAUAUUAUGGGAUUAACUAUUUUAAUUUUUGUUGGAUUCAUUUUGUUUUUGGCUUUGAUUGGAAUAAUUCUGAAAAAAUUCUUCUUUGGUAAAAAAACGCAAGUUCAAAUUAAAAGUCAAGAAGCAAUUUAAAAUAAUUAGCAUAUCAAUUUGGGUGAUUAAGAAGCAAUACCAGACUCUCAUUAAUCUCAAAUACAUAAACAAUAAAGUUAAGUUAAGACAUAGAAAUAAUCCAAUACUCCAAAUAGAAAGAACAAACAGAAUAAAAAAAAAUAGUUGAUUGCUGAUAUUGCUUUUUAAUUUAAUGAUGACAGUGAUAACGAAAAUGAUAAAAAUUCAUCAGGAAAUGAUUAACAGCAGUCCAUUAAUAUGAGAGAGUAAGCAGGAUUUAAUUUUUAAUAAUCUGAGCAUAAUUUAGAGGAGUUAGUAACGCCAACUUAAGUAAAUAGUUAAGAAAUUUGA